GCGGUGACACAGACAAUGCUUUACAACGUACAGGAUUCCUGCUUUUUUAACUGUUUUGGUGGAAUUACUCAAAUCGUUACCAGCAUGUUCUAAAACGUCGACUAGCUCGUCUCAAUCGCAAUGGUCGUCCGUGGAAGAGAAGAGACUGUAUGGAUUCUAUGCGGCUUAUUUCUUUGUUUGUUUAAGUGCUGUGCUGCGCAGCUCUCCUACUCCAUUUCUGAACAUGUGGAUAAAGGGACGUUUGUGGGAAAUAUAUCGAAGGAUUUGAGCGUAAAUUUACAAGAACUCGAAUCGAGAGGACUUCGCAUUAUAUCCGGACAUAAUAUGAGGUAUUUCGAUGUGAAUCUGAAAUCGGGCGUGCUCUUUGUUAACCAAAGUAUGGACAGAGAAGAGCUCUGUGGUCAGUCUGCCAAAUGCGUUUUGAACGUAGAAGCCAUAUUGAACUACCCAAUGCAUUUACAUAGAAUAGAGGUGAAUAUUUUAGACAAAAAUGACAACGCACCGUCUUUCCUCGACAAUGUGUAUAUAAUUAAUAUAACGGAAUUGGCAUACAGCGGAGAAAAAUUCCCAUUACCAGUAGCAAAUGAUGCUGAUGUAGGGGUUAAUGCUAUUAAAAGCUACAAAUUGAGUCAGAAUAAUGAACACUUCUCUCUGGAUGUACAGAGUGGAGGAGAACAUGGUGUAUCUGCUGAGUUAGUGCUGCAGAAAGCUUUAGACCGAGAGAAACAGCCGGUGAUCCAGCUCACACUGACCGCUAUUGACGGAGGGAGCCCCCUAGAUCUGGCACUGUCAGGAUUGUAGUCAAUGUUAUAGAUGUCAACGAUAACACACCUGUAUUUAGCAAACCGCUUUACAAAGUUCGUGUUCCUGAAAAUGCAGCCUUCGGAACAUCAGU